AUGGCCAUUUUAGAAAGAAACAUUUUUUUUUUAACUUUGGUCGGGUUGUGGAAACCUGAACAUUGGAAAGGUUUUAAAGCUGCUCUGUAUUACUUUUACAUUGGCUUGUUGACAAUCGUCAAUCACUCAUUUCUUCUGUCUGGUGUUUUGGAUUUUGAGUUACGAAAUAUCGACGCUGUUGUGAUCUUUGAUAAUCUGUCAUUAUUGAGUUGUUUAAUCACAGUUCGUUAUAAAAUUGUCACAGUGCUAUAUUAUCGUAAAUCAAUUGAAGAAUUUGUAAAUCGUUUUGAACGAGAUCCAUUUAAAGCAAAAGACGAUGAAGAAGAAAAGAUUUAUAUAAAAUUUGGCAAGUUUACAAAAACGAUUUCAAUAUUGUACACGGGGCUAUGCACUGUAGGGGCAUCGUGGUACUCAUUAGGUCGUAUAUUGCGAAUGACUCCUCCUGAUGUGAUGCCUUAUCAAGGGUGGUUUCCUUAUAACUAUACAACAUACAAAUAUUAUUGGCCAACGGCUAUUUACCAACUUUAUGCAGUUUGCAGCGCAGCUUGUGUUAAUUUUGCUUAUGACACAAUAUUUUGUUCUAUAUUGUACUAUUUGUGUGCGCAGACACAUAUUCUCAAGUAUAGAUUUUCUGUAUUGGUGGAAAAUUUACAGAAAAUCAAUGAAGGAAAUGACGGUAGCGUCAAUGUCAGAGAAAUUGAACGGAAAAUGAUCGGUAACUGGGUCGAUUAUCACAACGACGUACUCAGUCUAGUAGAAUUUGUGAAGUCUUUAUUUUCAACGGCAAUAUUUGUACAGUACGCAGCGAGUUCACUUCUAAUUUGCAGUAUUACGUAUACGUUAUCACACACAGAAACUCGGUCAAUAAAUUUUGUCGGUACUUCAAUGUAUGUCACAGCUAUGACGAUCCAAAUAUUUUUUCAGUGCAUUGCUGCUAAUCAAGUGACAGUUGAGUUCGCUGACAUUACUAAUGCUCUUUACAGCACGAACUGGUAUAAUUUGAGUAAUAAUGUUCAAAAAUCGAUGACAAUCAUACUCGCAGAACCUUUGAAACCCACUUUAAUAAGUAGUGGAUACUUUGUUAUAUUAUCUUUAGAAUCAUUUACAAAAGUUAUUAAAUUAUCAUAUACUAUUUAUAAUGUGAUUGAAUAAUGUAAUUGUAAUUUGCCAAAAUUGUAUUUAAUAAUCAAAUUAUUAUAGUUAUAACUUCCCGCUGUUUUUAACUUCAAAGAGCUCAAAAACAUUAUUGUGGAUACAUUUUCAAGCUCGUCGAACUCGGAAAUACUCUUCAAUGCAAUUUUUUUUUUCAUGAGCUUCUUAAGC